AGGAUGCUUCACAAGUGGUGAAGCAGGUCUGCUGGUGUUUUUCUGUCUCUGUCUCUCUCUAUCUCCUUCUUCCUAUCAAUUUCUGGCUGUCUCUAGCCAAUAAAAAAUUAAAAAUAAUAAAAAUUAAAACAAUUAAGCCAAAUAAAUAACUCAAUAAUUAUUUGUCUCAUUUAAAGGAAAAAAAAUUCACUUACCUUGUUUUAGCAUUUUUGACCUUUAUCAGAAUGUUUCCUAAGAGAUACAUAUAGAAAUGCUGAUGUUUCAUCUUCCAGUUUGAGUAGACUAGUUAACAAACCUUUCUUUUUUUUUCUACCCUCAUAUUUUUCUCUCCAGGACUGAUUCAGAUUCUGACAAAUAGGAGCCAUGUCACUGUCACAACAAAAUAAAAGUGGGGCCACAUUCGUUCUCUUGGGCUUCUCUGAUGACCCGGAACUACAAGUCCCACUCUUCUUGAUUUUUCUGGUCAUCUACAUCAUCACUAUUGUAGGGAAUAUUGGGAUGAUUGUCAUAAUCAGAAUUAACCCGAAGUUGCACACCCCCAUGUACUUUUUCCUCAGCCAUCUCUCCUUUGUAGAUUUCUGCUAUUCCUCCAUCGUUGCUCCCAAGAUGCUGAAGAACCUACUGGUGGAAGAUAGAAGCAUUUCCUUUGUAGGGUGUGUAGUCCAAUUCUUUUUCUUUUGUACCUUUGUGGUCACUGAGUCCUUCCUAUUAGCUGUGAUGGCCUAUGACCGCAUGGUGGCCAUCUGCAACCCUCUACUCUACACAGCUGCCAUGUCCCAGAAACUCUGUGUUAUGUUGGUCGUUGCUUCCUAUGCCUGGGGAAUCGCAAACUCUUUAAUACUCACUUGCACCACUGUUCAAUUAUCAUUUCAGGGUCUCAACACAAUCAAUCACUUCUUCUGUGAGUUCUCCUCUUUGAUCUCCCUGUCUUGCUCUGACACUUCUGUCAAUCAGUUACUGCUUUUCACGUUUGCCACCUUCAAUGAAGUCAGCACACUGCUCAUCAUUCUCAUGUCUUACGUCAUCAUCGUUGUCACCAUCCUGAGGAUGCAUUCAGCAGGUGGGCGUCGCAGAGCCUUCUCCACCUGUGCCUCCCACCUGACUGCCAUCACCAUCUUCCAUGGGACCAUCCUCUUCCUCUACUGUGUGCCCAACUCCAAAAACUCCAGGCACACUGUCAAAGUGGCUUCUGUGUUCUACACAGUGGUGAUCCCCAUGUUGAAUCCUCUGAUCUACAGCUUGAGAAAUAAAGAUGUGAAGGAAACAGUCAGCAAGAUAAUGGCCACUCAAGUCUUUUCUCACUGA